AUGUCGAACAUAAUGAAGCUUUCUAGUCCUUUUCAAGGAAUCAUUCUGAUUCUCUUUGUUAUGUUAGGCAUAAAUUCAGCAUCUGCUGCGGCGACAAAGAUUAAUGUGUUAGCCUUUGGGGCAAAACCAAAUGGCAAAACAGACUCGACCAAGGCUUUCCUCGAGGCAUGGAAUGCAGCCUGUGGCUCAGCAGACUCAACCAUGAUAUACGUACCAAAAGGGCGGUAUUUGCUUGGUUCUAUGGCUUUUGAAGGUGACUGCAAAAGCCCUCAAAUCACCAUAAGAAUAGACGGCACCCUUGUGGCUCCUGGAGAUUAUAGUGUACUUGGAAAAUCAGCCAAUUGGCUUAGCUUUGAAGGAGUCAGCGGUGUUUCUAUCAUUGGUGGUGCACUUGAUGCCAAAGGACCUGCUCUCUGGGCUUGCAAAGCUUCCCAUACCAAUUGUCCUUCCGGAGCCACGACGUUGAGUUUUACCAACUCCAACAACAUUAGGAUCAAUGGAUUAACGUCAUUGAAUAGCCAAAUGUUUCACAUUGUGAUCAAUGGCUGUCAAAAUGUGCACAUCCAAGAGGUUAAGAUCAUAGCUGCUGGUAAUAGCCCCAACACUGAUGGUAUCCAUGUCCAAUUAUCCACAAAUGUAGAAAUCAUAAACUGCUCCAUUAAAACCGGAGAUGACUGCAUCUCAAUUGGCCCCGGCACCAAAAGUUUAUGGAUCGAACGAGUCACUUGUGGCCCUGGCCAUGGCAUUAGCAUUGGAAGUUUGGCUAGGGAUUUGAAAGAGGAAGGGGUCCAAAAUAUUACAGUGAGAAAGACCAUUUUCUCUGGCACCCAAAAUGGGUUGAGGAUCAAGUCAUGGGCUAGACCUAGUAAUGGAUUUGUCCAAGGGGUUCGAUUUAUAAACUCUGUGAUGAGAAAUGUGCAAAACCCCAUUGUAAUUGACCAGAAUUAUUGCCCUCACAACCUAAAUUGCCCUGGUCAGGUAUCCGGAAUAAAAAUUAGAGACAUCUUAUACAAAAAUAUUCGAGGGACAUCAUCGACACCAAUAGCCAUAAAAUUUGAUUGUAGUGCCAAGCAACCAUGCACUGGAAUACGUUUGCAAAACGUCAAUUUAACAUACUUGGAGAAAGCUGCCCAAUCAUCCUGUAGCAAUGUGGUCGGGAAGGCAUUUGAUUUAGUUCGACCAAAUAGUUGCUUGUAA